AUGCGUUCGACAAAACUAAUUCGCAAAAUUUCUGAUUCUUACGUAAAGUCCAGAUGGUUAGCAACAGCACAUUCUCAAGUAAGAGUUUCCCAUAAGAGAAGAUCCGCACGAGAUGUUCCAGUCAAAACUGAGAGCAUUAAUAAAGGACCAAUGGAAACAUUUUUAAAAGCAUUUUCAAAGGAUCACCCUGCACUUCAUGGUAUCAAUAAUGUAUCAGAUUUUGGCAAUCUUGGUUUGCAACAAGAUUUAUGUGAUGCUAUAAAAACCCUGAACGUUGAGCAUCCAACACCAAUCCAGGUAGGAUUCACUUGUUUUCUACUUUGCAGAGACGUUUUAGAAAUCCUGAAUACAAAUUCAAGUGCUUUACUUUUACAAGGAUCUGGAAAAACGCUUGCCUAUCUUUUGCCAAUCAUCCAUCUAUUGAAAAACGAGGAAGAUAUAGAAGGUGUUGUGUCAAGGCCAAGCAGACCACGCACUUGUGUUGUGGUACCAUUCCGAGAACUUUCUAUGCAGAUUUUGAGAGAUGUUAAGUAUCUCAGCCAUUUCACGAAGUUGCGAUCCCUUGGUUUGAUCAGUGGAAGAAAAAAGAAAUGGAUACAUGAAGGAUUAUCAGAGGCAGUUGAUAUUGUGGUGGCCACACCACAUGUACUUCUUCAAUAUUUACAAAAAGGUGACAUUCUUUUGUCUGAUUUAUCCCAUCUGGUGUUUGAUGAAGCAGACACAAUGUUUGAUCCAAGUUUUGCAUCCAUGGCGUUGGAAAUUUUAAAAUAUGCAGGAGUAUGUUGCUAA